AUGUCUAGAUACGCCAGUGCCCACGUCGAUCCUCAGGGCCCGGGAGAUGCGCGUCCCACCGCCCUCCAAAUCGUCGAGGACGAAGGCCUGAUCGGCAAGCUCGCCGGGAAAGUCGUCCUCGUGACGGGCGCCAACGCGGGCAUCGGCGCCGAGACGGCGCGUGCCAUCCACGCCACGGGCGCCACGCUCUUCCUCACGGCCCGAGACUCGACCAAGGCCCAGCAGGCCGUCGACGGCGUCAGAAACGGGCCUGGUCCCAAGUCCGGCGCGCCGAUCCACGCCAUCGAGCUCCGCCUGGACUCCCUGGCCUCGGUCCGCUCGGCCGCCAAGGCUUUCCUCUCCAAGAGCGACAAGCUGAACCUGCUCAUCCUCAAUGCGGGCGUCAUGGCCACGCCCGAGGGCAGAACGGAGGAUGGCUUCGAGACGCAGUUUGGGACCAACCACUUGGGGCAUUUCCUGCUCUUCCAGCUGCUGAAGCCUGCGCUGCUUGCGGCCACAUCUCCCGAUUCCGAGUUCCAGUCUCGCGUCAUUUCGCUCUCGUCUUUGGCCCACCAACUCGGCAAAGUACGUCUCGAUGACUUCAAUUUCGAGAAGGAGGCCUACCAGCCCUGGAGUGCAUACGGGCAGUCCAAGACAGCCAACCUCUACUUCGCGAGCGAGCUCGAGAGGCGCUACGGGUCCAAGGGACUGCACGCCCUCUCUCUGCAUCCGGGCGUCAUCGCCACCGGCCUUUUCCAGCAUCUCCCGCAGGACCAGUUGGAGUUGUUCUCAAAGGACGAAUCGAUGCAGAAGAGGAUGAAGAGCAUUCCACAGGGUGCGGCGACCACGGUCUACGCUGCUUUGAGUAAGGAAUGGGAGGGCAGGGGCGGCAGGUAUCUCGCCGACCUCGUGGAGCAGGGCCCGGCUCCCGAGUCGGAACACGGCCGCUCUGGGUACGCACCCUGGGCUUAUGAUGAGGACGCAGAGAAGGAGCUUUGGGAAAAGUCCAACAAGCUUGUGGGCUUUGAAGAGGACUGA